AUGGCAGAUGGCGAUCUGGGAGAUCUCUUGGCCAAGGUGCUCCCCACCGGGGCCGAGCUCACUGUCCGCCAUAUCUCUUCAACACCCGCCCCAAGUGCCGCCCUUUUCGCCGCGGCGCCUGGCCAAGAGCCCGAGUCCACCUUUUGCGAAAAUCACUUCCUUUCAGUCUCUAUUGACUCACCCAAAGAUAAUGGCGCCGAGAUCAUUGUUUUCGGAAUGGAGGUAUUGGUCUACAAUUCUGCCCACCUGACCACUAUAUUCGUGUCUAAGGCCGAUUCUACUGGCUUUCUGCAUCUACUUAAAUUACCACAUAAAGUGUCGGUACUCAGAUUAAUCAGCCACACGUUUUUGUCUCACCUAGCUCGCACUCAUCAGCGGCCGGGGGUGCGUUUGGUCGUUUCUUUGUUCGCCCGUGCUCAGAGUCAAUACCUCUUUCCUGGUAGCAUUGAGAAUCCCGAAAAGCAUGUCCUUGAUGACCGGGGUCUUAUCAAGUGGUGGUGUCGAGCCGUGGACCCGAUUCUUAGCGAGCAUGAGCCUGAAUCUGUCUCACAGGACACCAAGCCCCUCGACCAGACAGUCGAAGCCGCCACGGCUUCCGCAACUGCAUACCUCAUUGUUCCGGGAUGCGAUCGUCUGGAAACGCGUAGCUUCUUCCCAGCCACUGCCAAAUCCGAUGUUCAGGGUCGUCCUCGGUGGCUCGCAAGUUACCCGCUGAAGCAAAUCGUUCAUGAUCCCUCGGCUCCACCGCGAUGCUUAAUUCCUCGACUUCCAGAUGAUCCCAAGACACGUUUCUUGAUUGAUCUGGAUGAUGAACUUCCAGAGCCUGUCGAGGGUGAAACCCUAUCCCCUCGUACUGGUCAAUGGCGAAGUGUCAAGUCUGUGGAUCAGUUCUGGGAGAUGAUGUCGUUUCGACAGGAGUGCUCUGCCGGUCGGCUAGUUGGAUUUCUCUGGCUUGUCAUCAACCCUCCUGGUCUGAUGAACUCAACAACAAUGGCUAGCCAGACCCGUGGUCCUAAUACCCCUGCUAAAACGACGGCAGAUUCCGACGUGGCAGGAUCAUCCAAGCCGACAGGGGAUGAGCCACCAGAGAAUUCCAGCGUACAGCUUGAACCUUUAGAGGAAUCAACCGCACCAGCUACAGUUACACCAAAAGAGUCUCCUAGACUCACAGCAGUCUCUUUUGACCACCCAUCCAGAGGCCCUACUGACACAACUCCCACGGACGCAAAUCCGUUCUUCUGGCCCGAAGCCGGUCGAGGACACGUGGUCCUCAGCGAAUCUGAUUAUAAGAAGAUGAUGGACGGGGUCCUGGAUCAUUUCUACGAUGAGAAUGAAAUCGUCGCCAGCACCAAGACCUAUGUUGAUCAGGUAGCUUCACUGGCUGACCAACUUACAUGGGGUAAACGGGUAAUUGGCACCCAUGUGCCCGAGGAAACAACAGCUCAAGUUGGAGCUAUCAAUAAUAUCCUGGAUAACAAUUUGGUUCGCAAGAGGAAGAAGCCGGAGGGCAAUGGAAACCCUACUAGUGAUGCAGAUGCAGGCCCAGUACAGAGCGGUUCAGAUGCCAUACCAUCGGCAGAGCAACCAGCAGCUGUUAAUGUGCUUAGUGCUGGUCUUUUGCGGAAAAAGAAAAAGACAUGA